GACUCAGCUUGUUAGGUGAGAGGGAUCUGCAGCUAAGACAGGAGAGAGUUUAUUCUGAAGUUGAGGGCUAAUAAAUAUCACACAGAGAGGUGAAGAUCAGCUACACUAAGUGGACAGACCUUCUUACUGCAAGAGGGCAUGGAGAUCACAGAUAUGAAUUGCCUCUUUCUUGUCUUCAGCAUUUUGGCAGUGAAUGUGGUAACAACAAUAAUUGUGAUACCAACACAAGUAAAAUUAGCCCAGCAGUUCAACCAGAUGAGCAUUAAAACUGCACCAACCUUUUUGGUUUUCUUAAACUCAGAAUAUAAGCCUUGUUUGGGGACCUUGAUCCACAAACAGUGGGUUCUUACUGCAGCCCACUGCUUCUUACCAUUUCUUGAGAUAAAUGUUGCUGCUUCAAAAGAGAAUUUCCAAAACAAGAAGGGAAACUUAAAACCCAUGCUUACUGUCCAACACCCAGAUUUUACUCGGGAUUCUGCUGAACAUGACCUCAUGCUCAUCAAGCUGAAUCAUCCCCUAGAUCUCAAGGAUCAGGUCAAACUGGUGGUUCUACCCAAUACCACAAAUGACAGAACAGGGGAAAAGUGCACUGUCCUUGGCUGGGGCUGGGAAUGGAAGAAUUCCAACACAGAACCUGAUAUCCAGAUAAACCAGACUGUUUUUUGGUUUUCUAAUGAUGGCUGCCAAGAGUCCCCUGUUAGACAAAUUCCUAUUAAAAUCACAGAAAACAUGUUCUGUGCGGGAUCAUCUCUGGAGAACAUACACUCAUGUAAGGAAUUAGAUGCUGUCCCAGUGCUGUGCCAGAAUCAGCUCCAUGGAAUCCUAUCUUGGUCAGCAGGGUGUAUUUUGAAAGGUGAUAUUGGCUACUACACCAAGGUUUCCCGCUACACAGACUGGAUCCACAAAGUCAUCCACAGCAACUGAGCUCUCUCUGUUCCCUCUCCCAGUGGCCUCAGAACUGGGUCUACCAUCCUUGACCCUCCUUUCCCUCUAGCCUCAGAACAAGAUGGGAAUAGAGCCUUUGGCUAUAAGAAA